UUCGAAGCUAUAAUAAUUAUAGUUAAAUGUCACACUAUAUAUAUAAGUACCGUAUAUCUUCUAAUUUAUCGGACAGCAAAAAAUAAUUAUUUUGAUUGGAACAGAUUUUUAUAGAGCAUGAGAAGUGUCCGGAAUAAUUAGAACAAGCAAGCAGCUGCAUGCGAGCUAGCUAAGUUUAAUAGAACAAGGUACGACUGAAUAGUUGCACUAACUUCUAAAACUAGCUACUCAAAGCUAUCUAACUGCAGCACUCCAAGUCUAACUUGCCGUCUAUGAAUGGUAACUCAACUUUUCAAGGUAUUGUCCAGAUAUUUAGAACAAAUGUAAUAUUAAAGUACUGGAGUGUCCGUUGUAUUAGAACAACGAAAAUUGCCCAAAAGAGUGUCUGGGGUAAUUAGAAGUGUCCGAUAAAUUAGAAGAUAUACGGUAUAUAUAUGGUACACUGAGUGACUGACUGAGACUCAUACUGCAUGGUAUACCUAUAUAUAUCAUUAUGUUCAGUGCCAUGUGAUGAAAGCAUCGCGGGUGCUGAUGCCUCGGUGGAGGUGCCAAAAGCUACAUAACAUAAAGCUACUAAUAGCACACAUGAUGAACAUUUUUGCAUUAAUUAAUUUUGUGCAUAGAAUCUAGGGAAACUCAAUCAAUGGCUGCAUCAGCAGAGCCUUGCUUGCAUUAUGUAUAACUAACACCUUUUGGUUGCUAUACACCUGUAGAUAUUUAUUAUUCAUGUCAAUUAGUGUUAUCAAGAGUGCGAGAAGAGUGUCAAACUACUGAUACUUCUAUUGUUCAAUGUUCAGAGCUUGUGGAGCUGCUCACUGCAUACUGAUAGGAGACGAUCUCUUCACAAAAAUCAUCUAAAUAGAGACAAUAGUUGAGUUGAUGUCACGUUACUUUGUGCACAGUUUUUGUGCACACUAAUUAUUCUGCCUGGAAUCGAGAAUGCGUUGCUGAUGCCAUACAUGGUUCUACUACGUAGAGCCGGCAUAAUUAUAGUUAAACCAUGCAGUAAAUAAAACGUGCUAUUAAUCCCAUCAGGAGCACAUUACUGUAAUGUGCUCCUGGUCCCAGUUUGAACAUUUUCUCUUGCAAAAAAGUUGCCUAGCAACUAAAUCUAAGGGCCAAAACAUGUAGAAUGCACACUAUGUUUUCAUUUGAUGUGUAGAUAAUGUCACUCAUUCCUCAUUCCUCAGAACAUAUUUACACUUAAAUUGUUAUGGAGAAGCCCAUAGAAAAAGAGAAUAACCUCUGGGAUAGAUGUAGAGGAACUUUGGCUAUAUAAACCCACACAUCAUGGCACUACUCCAGAAUUUUAUAGUGCUCUUGUUAUAAUAAUGUCUAGAAAGAUAGCUCUCUGCCAAGCCCAGCCAGCUUCAGAAUAACCUCUGGGAUAGAUGUAGAGGAACUUUGGCUAUAUAAACCCACACAUUAUGGCACUACUCCAGAAUUUUAUAGUGCUCUUGUUAAAACAAUGUCUAGAAAGAUAGCUCUCUGCCAAGCUCAGCCAGCUUCUGGUGACACAGUAUCAAGCACCAGAAUACUCAUUGAAUGGAUGGAAAAGGCUGCAGAUGCUGGUGCUGAUAUUGCCCUCUUUGGUGAGCUGUUUCUCACCAAUUAUGAUUUGGAUAAUGUUUUAUCUUUGUCCGAAACGAAAGACGGUUCCGCAGCCAAAGCAAUCGCAGAAACAGCAAAGAGAUUGAAAGUUGCAGUAGUCUACGGCUAUUCCGAGGAAGAGAACAGCAACUACUACAGCUCCCUGAUGUUUAUUGAUGCGAAUGGGAAGUGUCUGGCCAAUUUUCGAAAGGUCCAUGUCUGGCCUGAAACUGAGCUUCAGUAUACACCAGGAGACGUGCCCGUGGUAGUGGAUUGGGAAGGAUUGAGAGUUGGACUGGCUAUCUCUGUUGACGUGUGCAUGUCUGACUUUACUGCAACAAUGGUGGCAGAUGGACAUGCGCAAAUGAUCGUAGUGGGCGCUGCUCUGGUGGAUCCCCCUCGCUAUGAAAAGACUCCCUCACUUAUUGUACCUGCCAGCUCUUUGCAGAAUGGCUGCUACAUUGCUUACACUGAUUUAGCUGGAGAGAAAUUUAGUGGGAGGUCUUGUUUUUGUGAUCCUUGUGGUGAUGUCCUUGCUUCCACAAAGACCAACAACGAAGCAUUGCUAUUGGCCAACAUUCCACUGAAUGCUUGUGAGACCGUUCCAUUUCAGUACUUCUCACUUCGUCGUCCAUCAGAAGUCUACAAGAUUCCUUAUGACACCGAGGUUCCAUGGGAGAAAGAGAAAGUGGACGAUGUACAACAUUUCUUCAAAAACCGUGCACAUUAUUAUGAUGUCCAAUUGGAUGGCAUAUACAACGGUCCCAGCAUCGCUGCACGUAAUUUAGCAGCUUUUGUCACAAACAAAGACAAGAAGAUUUGGAUAUUGCCGCAGGUACUGGACUUGUGGGAAAGGAGCUCUCCUCGGAGGGAUUUACCAAUAUCGUUGCACUGGACAGGAGCAAAGAAAUGCUGAAGCAAUCUGCAGCAAAGAAGGUGUAUUCACAGC